GGAAAUCACGCACCUGCAAAGCUAACGCCUCUCUCUCUCUCUCUCUCUCUCUCUCUCUCUCUCUCUUGUGCUUUGGUUAUUUCGUUAGUGAAUGCAGAGCUGAGUUUGGGGUUCGGGUUAGGAUUCGGGUUACCCGAUUGUGAUUUGAUGGAUCCGGGUGCGAUGAUGAAUGAAGGUUCCUUUGCGAAUGAUGGGAGUGGCAAUACGGUGCCGUAUAGCUUAGCGGAGAUCUGGCAGUUUCCUCAGGCUAUGAAUGGCGGCGGAGGAUUGGGACUCAGGAGGCCACAGUUCGGACACGCGUUGGGGCAGUUUGGGGAUUUCACCACCGGUCCAAACCGGGACGUUUCGGCUACUGGACCCACCGGGGCUGACCAGAGAGCGGCUAACCAUGGGCCUGGGCCUGGGCCUGGAGCCAGUAGUAGAAAGAGGCGUGACUCGGAGGAUGAUUCUGCAAAGGGCGUGUCCACCAGCAAUGGCGGUGGCAAUGCCGUGAAUGAGGGUGAUGGAAAACGGGUUAAAGCAACAGGGAACAGGAAUGAGGGUGGGGAUGGUAAAGUGGAAGGAGAAGCCAGUUCAGGAAAGCCUGCGGAGCAAAGCACUAAGCCACCUCCUGAACCUCCUAAACAAGAUUACAUUCACGUCCGAGCCAGAAGGGGUCAAGCUACUGAUAGCCACAGUCUUGCAGAACGAGCUAGAAGGGAAAAGAUUAGUGAGAGAAUGAAAAUUCUUCAGGAUUUGGUCCCUGGUUGUAAUAAGGUUAUUGGGAAAGCAUUGGUCCUUGAUGAGAUAAUUAACUAUAUCCAAUCUCUUCAGCGCCAAGUUGAGUUUUUAUCAAUGAAGCUUGAAGCGGUGAAUUCAAGACUGAACUCUGGCCUUGAAGCAUUUGCUUCUAAAGAUUUUGGUCAGCAAACAUUUGAUCCAGCUAUAACGUUCGGUACGCAAGUGCCAAGAGAGUAUAGCAGAGGUUCUUCACCAGAGUGGUUACAUAUGCAGGUAGGAGGUGGUUUUGAAAGAACAACGUAGUCUAUGAUAUCCCUUUACCUGGUAAUAAAUACAUAAACAGGCGAUAUCCCAUUCUUCAGUGGCUUCCAGAAGACACAAGUGAUAUACACUGGGAAUUGAAUCCAAUGGACACUUCAUUCCCAUUUUCUACACGAGGCAUGGAGCUGUUACUGUUAUUCACAGGACUGCUUCAGUUUCUAUUUAAGCAUCUCCAUAUGUUGGUGUGUUGGAAAAUGAAUUCAUUACUCAAUAUGUAGUAUAGUGGACUUUUAGGCUUUGUAUUCUGGUGAUCAACAUAACCCUUUAAAAGAUCAUUUUUCCUGUAAAAUAAUGCUGCUUGUCCUGAAUACAUAAUGCUUACUUAUUGUGCAAUACUAAUAGUCCCAAUAGUGAUCUUUGUUUGUUAAGCAAUGUUGAAUAAAUGAACUUAAUAUAAUUUUG